GGGUUUUGUGUUUAUAUGGACGUGCGCGCGCUGCGUGUAGUAACUUCAGAACCUGGACAGCGACCUCCGCGAGACAGGCGUCACAUUUACCGAAGCGCACGGCGCCACGCGCUUCGACAUGGCUUGAAAACCCGCCUUAAAGUGCACCACUGUAGUCUUUUGUCGUUGAAAAGCCGGAGUAAAACCGCUGAAUAUAUCCACGCUGUGUGUCAGAGCCAAGAAGCGUCGGUUAGUGUGGGUCUCGCUCAUCUAGAGGCUUCGCUCAGUGUGUGUGGAGCUGCUCCUCCGGACAGCGCGCGAGCGAAAAGGAAAAGUAACUGCGUCUCCGCUCAUCUCACUGCACUCGAAGAUGCAGCCACCCGCCGGGAUCGGACUCAAGCUCUUGCUGUGGAUUUUAAGCCACAUCAGCAUCUCUCAGGCAGCUUCUCCAUCAUCCCAAAAAUGUGAUGAAGCUCUGGUCACACAACUACUCCACAAUGCCUUCACAAGCUCUUCUGUGUUCGCUAGUAGCUAUGUUCCAGGAUACGCCAAACUUAACAAAAGAGGAGGUGCUGGGGGCUGGUCUCCGCUGGACAGUGAUCAUUACCAGUGGCUGCAGGUCGACCUGGGAAGCAGAAAACAGGUCACAGCCGUCGCCACACAGGGUCGAUAUAGCAGUUCUGAUUGGACAACACGAUACCGGCUGCUCUAUAGUGACACAGGAAGAAACUGGAAACCAUACCAUCAAGAUGGCAACAUCUGGGCAUUUGCAGGGAACUCCAAUACAGAGAGUGUGGUUCGGCAUGACCUGCAAAACCCGGUUGUGGCCCGUUAUUUGCGCAUCAUUCCUUUAGACUGGAGUGAAGAGGGACGAAUUGGCCUCAGGUUCGAGAUCUACGGCUGCCCGUACUGGGCAGAUGUGAUUAAUUUUGAUGGGCAGGGGGUGAUCUCUUACCGCUUCAAAAUGAAGAAGAUGAAGAUUCUGAAGGACGUGAUAGCCCUGAAGUUUAAAACAUCUGAGAGUGAAGGGGUGAUUCUGCACGGAGAGGGUCAACAGGGAGACUACAUCACCUUGGAGUUGAGAAGAGGCCGACUUCUGCUGCAGAUAAACCUCGGAAGCAAUCAGCACGGCUCCAUCCUGGGCCAUACAUCAGUGACCAGCGGCAGUCUGCUGGACGAUCAUCAUUGGCAUUCUGUAGUAAUUGAGCGCUACAGGAGAAAUGUCAAUUUCACCCUUGAUCAGCACACUCAGCACUUCCGCACCAACGGGGAGUUUGACCACCUUGACCUGGACUAUGAGCUGACUUUUGGAGGAAUGCCGUAUUCCGGAAAGCCAGUCAUAGGAGGAAGAAGAAAUUUCAAAGGCUGCAUGGAAAGCAUUAACUACAAUGGAGAAAACAUCACUGACUUGGCCAGAAGAAAGAAACUGGACACGUCUAGCUUUCGCAACUUGACUUUCUCCUGCGUGGACACACACACGUUCCCCGUCUUCUUCAAUGGCACCAGCUUUCUUCAGCUGCCAGGGAGGAGGGACCACAAUAUGGUUUCUGUUGGAUUCCAGUUUCGUUCCUGGAACCCCAGCGGCCUGCUCCUGUUUAGCUCCUUGGCAGAUGGAAUGCUGGAAUUGGCUCUAAACGAUGGAAAAGUCACAGCACACAUUAACGUCACCCAGCAGAAAAACAUGCGUGUGGACAUUGCGUCAGGUUCUGGUCUGAAUGAUGGUGAAUGGCAUGAUGUCCGCUUCCUGGCCAAAGAGAACUUUGCCAUGCUGACCAUUGAUGGGGAUGAAGCAUCAGCUGUGAGAACCAACUCUCCGGUCCUGAUCACCACUGGGAGCACGUACCACUUUGGAGGUUAUUUUUUAAGAACCAGAGCAUCCCCCAUCCAGCGCUCGUUCCAGGGCUGCAUGCAACUUAUUCAGGUGGAUGAUCAGCUGGCAGACCUGACCGCAGUAGAGCAGGGAAGAAUCGGAGCCUUCGAAAACGUCAGCCUGGACAUGUGUGCCAUCAUUGACAGAUGUAUGCCAAACCACUGUGAACACGGAGGUCGAUGCAGUCAGACAUGGGACAGUUUCACAUGCACCUGUGAUGGCACAGGGUACACCGGAGCCACCUGUCACACAUCUGUCUAUGAGCAAUCAUGUGAGGCCUACAAGCAUUUAGGAAGAUCAUCUGAUGCCUACUGGAUUGACCCAGAUGGAAGUGGACCAUUAGGCCCUUUUAAAGUCAUCUGCAACAUGACAGAGGACAAGGUUUGGACGACAGUGGUGAAUAACCUACCGGCACAGACAGCAGUAACUGGCUCCAGCCGGGAGAGACGGACAGUUUUACAGCUGAACUACAGUGCGUCUAUGGAGCAGGUCACAGCAAUAACCAACAGCGCUGAGCACUGCGAGCAGCACGUCUCCUACGCCUGCCGAAUGUCACGUCUACUCAACACUCCAGAUGGGACGCCCUACACAUGGUGGGUGGGCCGCGGUAACGAGAAGCACUUCUACUGGGGCGGAUCUGCUCCUGGCAUUCAGAAGUGUGCUUGUGGCAUCGAGCGCAACUGCAGCGACUCCAAAUACUACUGCAACUGUGACGCGGACCAGAAGCAGUGGAGGGAUGAUUCCGGACUUCUGGUGUAUAAAGACCAUUUACCGGUCAGUCAAGUGGCUGUCGGGGACACAAAUCGACCCGGUUCGGAAGCCAAGUUGACCGUGGGACCUCUUCGUUGCCAUGGAGACCGAAGCUACUGGAACGCAGCGUCCUUCAACACGCCAUCUUCGUACCUGCACUUUUCCACUUUUCAAGGUGAAACAAGUGCUGAUAUCUCCUUUUACUUCAAGACCUCCGCUCCCUAUGGCGUCUUCCUGGAAAACCUUGGAAACACCGAUUUCAUCCGUCUGGAACUGAAAUCACCUAUGGUGGUGUCGUUUUCUUUCGAUGUCGGAAACGGACCAGUGGAGCUGAACGUCCACUCUCCUACCCCAUUGAAUGAUGACCAGUGGCACCGGGUCAGUGCUGAGAGAAACACUAAAGAGGCUAUUCUUCAACUAGACCAGAAAUACAAGGAGAUCAGACCUGCACCUACACAGGGCCACACGCGCCUGGAGCUCUACAGCCAGCUGUAUGUGGGGAAGCCAGCAUUAUGGGCCUGUCAGGACAGUGCAGCAGGAGGUCAGAGAGGAUUUUUGGGAUGCAUUCGCUCUCUGAAGAUGAACGGCGUGACCCUUGACUUAGAAGAGAGGGCGAAAGUCACUCCUGGUGUAAAGCCUGGCUGUUCGGGUCACUGCACCAGUUUUGGGAUGUAUUGUCGUAAUGGUGGCAAAUGUGUGGAGAAAUACAACGGCUAUUCCUGCGACUGCACCACCACCGCUUAUGAUGGGCCUUUCUGUUCAAAAGAUGUUGGUGGUUUCUUUGAAGCAGGAACACUGGUUAAGUAUAAUCUGGUGCCUGAAGUGCUGGCUGCAGCUUCCAGCCUGGAUGAAAAGAGCAUAAUCCACAACCUUCCAGUCGAAACAAACCUGACACAUGAAGACCUGACCUUCAGCUUCAGCACCUCCACCUCUCCCAGUCUUCUGGUGUACGUCAGCUCAAAGACCCAGGAUUACAUGGCUGUGGUGCUCCGUCACAAUGGGACCCUGCAGCUGCGGUACAGCUUGGGCGGCCUCAGAGAGCCCUUCACCAUUGAUAUUGACCAGAGGAACUUGGCCAACGGGCAGCCACACACCGUCAACAUCUCUCGCGUGGAGAGAGACAUAGAAGUACAGUUGGAUCAUUAUCCCGCCGUCACCUACAGCCUGCCCGAAGCCUCAGACACUCAGUUUACCCUGGUCAAGUCACUCUUCCUGGGUAAAGUCUUUGAAACCGGUUACAUUGAUCCAGUGCUUAUAGAAAAAUACAACACCCCGGGGUUUGUGGGUUGCCUGUCCAGAGUCCAGUUCAACAGCAUCGCUCCUCUGAAAGCGGCACUCAGGUCCCGCGGUUCAGUGUCCGUCUCGCACCAGGGGAAACUGGUGGAAUCAAACUGCGGAGCUUCACCCCUCACCAUCCCACCCAUGUCUGCAGCAACCGAUCCAUGGCACCUGGAUGCAGGUGCUGAUUUCCCCUUCAAUGAGGAAAGAGUCAUACCAGAUGGAGUUAACAGAAAUUCAGCUAUAAUAGGAGGCAUCAUUGCGGUGGUGAUCUUCACUAUUCUGUGCACUCUGGUGUUUCUGAUCCGGUACAUGUUUCGCCAUAAAGGCACAUACCACACCAAUGAAGCCAAGGGGGGAGAGUCGUCCGAAUCAGCCGACGCCGCCAUUAUUGGCACCGAGGCCAAUUUCACAGAGACCAUCGACGAAAGCAAGAAGGAAUGGUUCAUCUAGGGGUGCACAGACUCUUUCAGAAUCAGUUUUUUUUUCAGUAUCAGAACUAAUGUUUUGGGAUCAAGCCCAUCACCGGUUUGAGAAACUGUACUGUACAUAGUGACCGGCUUGUCUCUUUCUAUUGUGUUUUGGCAGAAGUCUUUUAAGUGUGUAAUAUCUGCAUCACGUUAUUGAAUCACGUCACCACGUGUUCCUUUUUUUUUUACAUGAAAUAAUAAUUUUGCCAAAAUCCUUUCUUUUACGAAAAGUCGAAUCAUGUUCUUCUUGUGUUCUUCUGAUUAUACAAAAAGUCCUUGUGUGGAAAAAGUUCUAGACAGACUGUAAAGGUUCAAUUCUCUAUAUGAAUAUUUGAUUUAACUCACUGCACAAUCGACAGAUAUUUAUCUUUACAAUGACAUUAGAUUGUAUAUCACCGUUAUUUCAGCGAGGGGAAGAAAACAAGGCAUGCACCGAGAAUUAUGUCAAAUCUACACUGUCUAUUUGUAGCCUUUUGCACAGCUAUGCUCAUCUAUUUCUCGUGGAAGCCUUCGGUUUAUUGUUUUCUUUGCCAAACACCUCUCGCUCUUAAGCAUUUGUUUUGCUGAAGGCAUGUAUCAUGGCAUAAAGAUGUUAUUUUGACAUUGUUUUGUCUGUGAUUCAUUCGUGCAGGCUGUGAGAAAGCAUUGGCAUAUGACACCCAAACGUAUUAUCAGCGUUUGUUAUUGUAGAUGAAGGUGAGACCACUGAAAACCCAUUCAAUGAUAUAAUUCAAGGUGCCUUUUUGGAUUCAGUAGCUGUCUAUGUGCAUUAAAAAAAGGUAAAUGCAGAAUCCCAAUAAAUGAAAUGGCACUUUACAUUUUUGAGAUGUAUUUGUCUGAGCAGAAAGUAUCAAAAGCCAGUUUUUGUAAUCAAAUAAAACAUUAAAUAAAAGGUCAACUUUU